GUCCCACGUCCCACGGUUCUGGCAUCACUGGUAGGAGCCAGUGCAAUUAAAAGAUAUAUUUUUACCGUAAAUUCGUGUCGCUCUUAUUUCAUUAUUCCUUUCCCGUGGGACCUAGUACCCACAAGGGAUAAACUAGUAGCGUCAUCUAUUAAAAAGCAGCGGAAACUAUUUGCUAACUUAUCAAUUGAUUUCCUACAACUCGAUACACCACUGUUCAAACUAAUUUAAGGUUAAAUAUUCUGUAGGUAGAAAUUUGUAAAAAUGUCCAAACUAGUGAGUAAAGGACGUGGUACACUUAAGAAGAUACUACCAAAAGUGGAUCAUUCUUCACCCUUGCAGACAUAUAUUCCUGCAGGGUUGGCAAAUGCUAAGCCACCACUUGGAUCACAACUUGGACAGAGAAACAUUAAUGUGGCAAAUUUUUGCAAAGAGUUUAAUGAAAAGACAGCACAUAUAAAAGAGGGUAUACCUUUGCCAUGUCGUGUUAAAGUACAAGCUGAUGGAAGUUAUGAUUUAAUAAUUUACCAUCCACCAAGUUCAUUUUUCUUGAAACAAGCAGCUGGAAUUGCAAAAGGAAAAAUAAGUUCAGGAGAAGUAGCUGGCAAAAUAACAUUUAAACAUCUGUAUGAAAUUGCUUGCAUUAAAGCUCAAGAUCCACCAAUGGCAUUGCUGUCUUUAAAACAAGUUUGUGAAAUGCUCGUUGGUGUUGCCCGCUCUUGUGGUAUAAAAAUUGUACGUACUUUAGACCCUAAAGAACAUGAAGAAUUUAUGCAACAGAGGGAAGAAACUGUUCAACAGCACUUAGAAGAAUUACGAUUAGCUAAAGAAGCUAAGGUGCUCAGGGGAACUGCCUAACUGCUCUACCCAAUUAAUAAUCUGUAUAUAUUUAUGAUAAAUAUAGUAAUGUGCAUUUAUAUAUCAUAAUAUUAUAACAUU